GCAGGGUCAUUUGCCAUGGAGGAGACUGACACCAGAAACCUCACUCUGAACAUGACUUAUGGAUCUCUGGACAUUGAGGAAUUUAUCAACGAUACUUGUUCGAUCAUUUCGUACAAACUGAUUGUCUUUGGGGGUGUCUGCCUGGGGUUUUCCCUCUGUGGGCUUGUGGGGAAUGGGAUGGUCGUGUGGUUCCUGGGCUUCCACAUGAAGCAGAACCCUUUCACUGUCUACAUCCUAAACUUGGCUGUUGCUGACUUCUCCCUCAUUCUCCUGUAUUUCCUCAUUCUAUUGGCCUUUUUGACCUUAAAAGCAUUUUGUACUUCUUUGCUUCAUUUUGCUCCUCUCUAUGCAGAUUUUGUAUUUGUGGUUGGAUUUCUGUGCCAUGUGUUUGACCUGAGCAGCCUGGGGCUGCUGACAGCCCUGAGCGUGGAGCGCUGUGUGUCCGUCCUCUUCCCCAUCUGGUACCGCUGCCGUCGCCCCAGGCACCUGUCGGGGAUCGUGAGCGGGACACUCUGGGCCCUCGCUGGGGUUUUUGUCUCCUUGCUCUAUGUCACCUACACUUUCAGUGAACACUCUAGGGAAGUGCUUCCAGGUGUAGUCCUGGCAUUUUCCGUGAUUUUGUCACUCUUGAUGUUGGUUUCCAACCUGUUCCUGAUCACCAAGCUCCGCUGUGGCUCCCAG